AUGGAGGGACAAUGGCUUCAUGGUAGUAACACGCGCUGCACGCCAUCCCAGGGGCAACACGGGGCUUUGGGCCCAUAUACGGCAGGUUCCUCUUCCUCUGCUUCGGGUCCUGGGUGUCGGCGGUGUCCCGGAGGGCGCCAAAGUCGGGUCCUGCACAGAGAACACUAUGGAUUCCUGGAGACAAUGGCACCUCAUCUUGCAGGAAAGGCGCUGGUGGACCUCAGUAACAACCUGAAGAAAGACAUGUACCCAGAAGCCAACGCCGCCUACCUGCAGAGAUUGGUCCCUGGAGCUGCUGUGGUGAAAGGUCUUAACACGCUGUCUGCCUGGGCCCUGCAGAACGGACUCCUGGCAGGAAAACAGGUGUACCUGUGUGGGAACAGUGCAGAAGCAAAGCGGGCAGUAGCAGAGAUGUCCACCAAGCUGGGCCUCACUGUUCUGGAUAAAGGGUCUCUGUCCGCAGCCAGAGAGCUGGAGGACUUCCCCCUACAGCUGUUCCCAGAGUGGAGGCUGCCGCUAAGCGUGGCCGUCGGCCUCACCGCCUUCUUCUUCUUCUAUCUUCUAAUUAGAGAUGUCAUCUGGGCAUAUGUUGAACAGGGGAAAGACAUCUCCUACAGAAUCACAGUGUCCCUAGGCAACAAGGUGUUUCCCAUUGUGUCUCUUAUCAUGUUGUCGCUGUGUUACCUGCCUGGUGUCAUAGCUGCCUUCCUUCAGCUCUACAGAGGAACCAAGUACAGGCGCUUCCCUGAUUGGCUGGACCGCUGGAUGCUGUGCAGGAAGCAGAUGGGUCUGAUUGCAAUGGGCUAUGCUUUUCUCCAUGCCAUCUAUACCUUUGUUACUCCUACUCGCUAUUCUGUCCAACACAAACUCAUCUCGCUUGUGGUGGAUGAGAUGAAGAACAAUAAAACCACUCCGUUUUACUUUGAUAACACAGAGGCAUGGGCCCAGGACUCAUUCUAUAUGCUGGGAAUCCUGGGCUUCUUUCUUUAUGCCCUGCUAGGACUAACAUCCCUGCCCUCUGUGGGAGGCUCUCUCAGCUGGAGAGAGUUCAACUUCAUUCAGUCUAAGUUGGGCCACCUGACCCUGGUCAUAUGCACAACCCAUGGCUAUCUUUACGGCUGGAACAAAUUUCUUCGUCCCUCUACCUACAAAUGGUACACUCCUCCGGGCUACAUGCUAUGUCUGAUUGUGCCUUCUGUGGUGCUGGUGCUCAAGGCGCUGGUCAUUCUCCCCUGCGUGGAUCGAACCUUAACCCGCAUUCGACAAGGCUGGGAGAGGACCCAGCCAAGAGAGGAGAUGUGUAAGGCCACCAACCUAUGAACUGUGACCUCUGAGGUCAUCUGCUUUGCUGAUAAUUCAGAAUUUCAUUCAGUCAUUAUUUUGAGGGGGAAAAACAAUGUUAAAAUUGUACAUAGUGAUCAUAAAGUGAAACAUAUUUGUUAUUUGUAAAUAUUCAUAAAUUACGCAAAGGAUUUACAAUAUUCCAUCUUUUGAUUUUUCAAAAACAAAAACACAAGUUAUACAUUUUCUAAAAUGUCUACUGUUUGUUAAAAUAAACUCUUUAUAUUCAGCUUAGCAUGUGUAAUACUUUGGAAAAAACAGAUUAUAUUGUCCAUGCUCAGUUGGUGUGUGAUUGUGUUGACACUGCUUGCUCUCAAUUAUGCAACAGCCAAACAAAACAAAAAAGUAGUAUUUCAACCAAAUGGACAGGUCUCCGUGGAUAUAAUGAUUUUUAAUAUCUAUUUCCUUUGAGGUUUGAAAAAAAAGGUUUCAUGUUUGUGCUGUAUCUUUUUCACAGAAUGUGAUGAAAAAUAGAUUGAUAUCCCCUGCUGACACCCUUUCUUUUGAUAAACAUAGACAACAGUUUCCGCUCUCCGCUUCCUUCAAGUUGUGCGAUUGUAUCCCUGAGGUUGCUCUCUUUUCAGGAUGUUAUUGAUUUCCCUGUAUUCUAACACAAAUACCUUGCUGCCCAAACUGCCUGCCUCUUAAGGGCAUGCAAAUAUGCACACAACACACUAUGCUUACAGAUGCACAUACACAAUGUAAGCGAGUGUAAGGUUAAGCUAAUUAUAUUACCACAUGCAGAGUCUACACACAUGCGCACACAGAUGUACAGGAGUGCCAUCACCACAGAGGAUCACAUACUUGGAAGCCAAAAGCCGACUCAGGAGGAAGAACAGGUGGUAUACAAACAGCAUUUCGUAGCUCUAACACCGGGUUACAGAGGGCUAAAGCAGUAAAGAUCAUUUACAAGAAGGCAGAGCAGAAUGUAGGCAACAUAGACAGUGUAUGAGCUGCCCUCUAACUAAACUGAUAGCAGCUAAGGAGCAAUUCGAUAUCCAGGUGACUUGAUCAGGUGAUGAGCAGCGGCAAAUUGUGACGGCUGGUGGUGCAGAAUGGCAGGUGUGGAACAACAACGAUAUGCUAGUAUGUAAAACAUUAAUCAGAUGAUCGAGAUGCAGAGGAGGGAAAGGAGGAGGAUGGAGCAGCUGUCGCCAUGACAGAGUCUGGUGCUACAAGAGAAAUAUGCAGUGCCUUUUUUGCCCAAAGCAGAACAUUUAGUCAGAUGCAUCCUGUUAUCUAGCAUCUAACAGCAUUAUCUGCACACGCAAUUCCUUACACCCUGUACCAUUGUAUUAUCCCCCUAUUACCAAAGAACUGCUGUUGAUUUCAGCUUUGAUUUUAUUUCCUGCUGUUAGGGUGUGUGUGUGUGUGUGUGUGUGUGUGUGUGUGUGUGUGUGUGUGUGUGUGUGUGUGUGUGUGUGUGUGCUGAUGUAUAAAUGAGAUAGAGUAGUCCUACAUUGCCCUGGGAAAGAAUUCAGUUGCAAUAACAUACAGAAAACCUGUAAAACAAGCUUUCCACUGUUUAACAACUAGGCCAACCGGAAACCCAUAAUAUCCACACUAUGUUAUGCCAGUGUAAAUGUUGACAUAGCUUGACUGUUUGCAGUGUUUGCAAAUCUGAUCUUGACACUGAAUUGCUGAAAUGUUCUUGUCUAAGUGCUGUAAAGUUGUAAUAAAAUAUAAUAAUGUCACACA